GCAAAUUGGGCCUAGAUUUGGUCCCCAGACAAGGUGCGAAUAUGGUAGAACCCGACUCUAUGUCUGUUGUAGAACUAUAUCAUGUACACGUUGCUAGUGCGGAGAACAUUCAAGGUGUCUCUGCCCGAGGGACAAUCAAAAGGAAAGAGCAGAAGAAAACUCUGACGCACCAUUUGUACUUUUGUAUGAGAGACUUUGGUCACCACAUUGGCGAAGAUACAGAAAUAUAUUUUUCAUUGUACGAUGCUUCUAAACAAAAGUAUAUUACAGAACGGUUCCUAGUCAAAAUUUCCAAAGAUGGUUUUUCAAACUAUGUUGAAAAACUGCACAGCAAUUGCACUAUUUUUGCGGAUUUGGGCAGUGCAGAAUUAAACAAAGAUAUUUAUAUAGUUGCUCAUAUAAUGAGGAUAGGAAGAAUGUUAUAUUCUGAUAGUUCGAAAAAGACUGAUAAACUGGCAGCUCAACAACAGAUAUUUAAAAGGCCGCAUGGGGUAGCUGUGCAAAACUUAGGAGAUUCUUUAACUAGUAAAGAAAGUGAUACAGAAGAAAAGGAAUUUAAUAUGAAGGUUUACCAAGCCGAAGAAAAAGACUUUCAUCAACUACAUGAAUUUAUAAUUAAGCAAUCGGGCAAAUUUAGCGCCCUUUCUGGUCACAUAAACUACGGAAUUAUGAUCAGCGUUAAAAUGUUGCACGGGGAAUUACGAUCGAUAACCGAAGAAAAUGCCUUGUUAUUCAAGAAUGUAUGUUUAACAAGUAAACUAGGCUUUCCCGACGUGAUAAUGCCAGGAGAUGUUAGAAACGAUUUAUAUUUGUAUUUAGAUCGGGGGGAAUUUGAAAGAGGUGGAAAGUCUACUGGUAAAAAUAUCGAAGUGUCCGUGGUUGUAUUGGAUAGUGAGAAAAAGAUUAUUAAGAACUGUUUGUGGGGAGCAUCUGGAAUGGAACCUACCUCAGAAUAUAAUUCCAUGAUAAUUUAUCACCACAAUUCGCCUGUUUGGGCAGAGAAUGUCAGACUAACUCUCCCUAUUGAUAAAUUUGCUGGAGCUCACGUCCGAUUGGAAUAUAGACAUUGUUCAACGAGAGAAAAGAACGACAAAAAGCUGUUUGGUUUUUCUUUCCUGCGUCUCAUGGACAAAGAAGGAGCAGCUGUUCAAGAUGGACAACAUGACUUGUACAUUUAUAAAUGUGAGGAUCCUCCAAAAUUAGAAAAUUGUGGUUAUCUUUCGCUACCUGCAUUUGCAAAAGACUUCGAAGGUAAUCACGAUGCUAGUGGUCAAUUCUCGAGGAGUCACAAAGAAAUAGUUUCUAUCAAAACUCUUCUUUGUUCAACAAAACUUACACAAAACGUGGAUCUACUCGCUUUAUUGAGAUGGAAAUCUCAUCCGGAAAGAAUACCGGAAUCUCUUCACAGGGUGUUGAAUUUAGGCGACGAAGAAUUUAUAAAAUUCCUGCAAGACGUCUUAGACGCAUUAUUCGCACUGUUCUCGACAGAGGAUGGAAACUCCACUGCACAUAGCGGACCUGUAUUCCAUGUUUUGGUGUCAAUUUUUAAUCUUCUGGAUGGAUCAAAAUACCAGUACUUCAAACCAGUAUUAGAAGCUUAUAUUAAGAAUCAUUUUUCGGCAGCUCUUGUAUAUAAGGGUCUUCUCACCAGUGUACAACAUUGUGCAGAUUGGGUUUCAUCUUUUGAAAAACAAGAACCGAUUCAAAAAUGUUUCAAAAGUUUGGAGUAUAUUUUCAAACUAAUCAUCCAAAGUAGACUUCUGUUUUCGCGAGCAACCGGAGGUCACUUUGAAGAUAGUUUUCGAAGAGACCUUUUCAGCGUUUUUGUGUCUUUGAACAAAAUGUUGUCCAUAACUGAUAACCACAUCAUUAACACUCAGGUUGCACUAUUAAUAACAAUCAGUUCUGUAUAUGAACAGCUAAUUGACGUUCUUCCUGCUUUAGAAGUAACUAGACUUGCAGCGAAUAUGCUAGAUUCCUUACCAAGAGAUUUGCCUGUUUUAUUGAUUCAAGCUAAAUUAUCAUGUAUUAAAAACAUCGUCACUGGUAAACUCUUUCAGGAUGAUGAAUCUCGUAACAUUCUUCUUGCGACAACGUGCAAACAUUUAAGGUACCACUUGAUAAGAAGGGAAGAACUAAAACUUUGUACAGAUAUACUCGGGGAAAUCUUAGGUUACUUGUUUAAGCAACGAAAGUCUGGAGAUGAACAUGGAAAAGUCAAUAACUGUAUACACCAUGAUGUUGAUACUCUGUGUGUAGCUAUCCUCGAAGUCCUCAUUCAAACUAUUUUAACUAGUAUUGACAAGGAUGUUAAAGUUUUUGGAUGUUUAGUGGCAUGUUUGAUCGGAAUACUCCAACUCAUUGACGAAUUUCAUUACAAAAGACUAUGGGAAGUUGUAAUGGGACCUCAUCAAGAUAGAAAACCACUCAAAGAUUUUCUCCUUAGAGCUUUUUUAGUAUUUAGAAAUCUUGUAAGAAUGGAGGUAUUUCCUCCCGAUUGGCUAGUCAUAAAAAUGUUGACCAAUAAUGUGAUUUUGAAGGCACUCCAAGAGUUUGCUCAACCGUUAGCUUUUAAGUUUUUAGAUAAUCGUGCUGGAUACUUCGAUAAAGAACUGUGGACCAACUAUUUCAAUUUAAGUGUUGACUACCUGACUCAAGAGUCGUUACAAUUAGAACAGUUUUCAGAAGUAAAAAGAGAAAAGAUAAUAGAAAAAUAUGGAGAUAUGAGAGUUCUUAUGGGAUUUCAGAUUUUAUCUAUGUGGUCUCAGUUAGGUGAAUUUAAACUUCAUUUUAUUCCGUCGAUGGUGGGUCCUUUCUUAGAAGUUACAUUAGUACCUGAAAUAGAACUUAGGAAGGCAACUUUGCAUAUAUUUUUCGAUAUGAUGGAAUGUGAACAAAAAGCUAGGGGUAAUUUCAAACAGGUGGAAUGCGAAUUAAUUGACAAAUUAGAUAUAUUGAUCUCAGAAAACAAAGGUGAUGAUGAAUAUAGGCGAUUAUUUAAUACAAUCUUACUAGAUCGAGUGCAGUCCGAGGAACCAGUUUGGAAAGAAAGCGGUGUUGCUUUUAUAAGUUCCAUAACCCGACUUCUGGAACGCCUACUAGAUUACAGAAAUGUUAUUCAAGGAAACAAGAAUCGUGACAAGAGAAUGUCAUGUACAUUUAAUCUCUUGAACUUUUACAAAAAUGAAAUUAACCGCAAAGAAAUGUACCUUCGAUACAUUAGAAAAUUACACGACUUACAUCUAUCUGCUGAGAAUUACACAGAAGCUGCCUUUACUUUAAAACUUCAUGCUGAUCAGUUGAAUUGGAAUAAUAAUCAGAUAUCUGAUAACAAUUACCCCGGACACUCAGAAUGUCAAAUUAAGGAAUUGCUUUACAGACAAAUUAUUAAUUAUUUUGACAAAGGGAAGUGUUGGGAAAAAGGAAUACCUCUAUUAAAGGAAUUAGCAAAUUUGUAUGAAACUAUUUUCUUUGACUACAAAUUAUUAAGUGAUAUUUUAAGAUACCAGGCUAAGUUUUAUGAUAAUAUUUUAACACAACUCCGUCCUGAACCGGAAUAUUUCCGAGUGGGAUUUUACGGUUUAAGUUUUCCGUUAUUUGUAAGAAAUAAACAAUUUGUAUAUAGAGGACUGGAAUACGAACGAAUUGGUGCCUUCACUCAAAGAUUACAAACGGAAUUUCCAUCCGCACAGAUUUUGAUGAAAAACACUCCUCCAGAUGACGCUAUUAUUAACUCAGAUGCACAAUAUAUUCAAAUAUGUAACGUAAAACCUAUCACAGAACCAAAUGCUAUAACAUUGGCGUCCGAUAUUCCAGAAAAAAUUGCCAGAUAUUAUCAUUACAACGACGUUCGACGAUUUCAAUGU